UUCGGAGCAGUUCUUGGAAUGGUCGAUGAGAGUCGUGUGGAUAUGGUGAAUUCGUUUGAAUUGCGUAUGUUCACCAGAGACGGUCAUGUGUUCCCCGAGUUGGAGGUUGUUGGAUGGUAUUGUACUGGUGGUGACGGGUUGGAGGAGGACGAAGUGUAUUUGCAGUCCUUCUUUGCGGUUGCCAUUGAUUCCCCUGUGGUUGUAAAAUUAAAUCCCGCUGUUGACUCUCCAACAAAAAGCAGGGAGACGCCGUUAGACUCUGCAGGUCAUCAACUAGUAGAAAUUGACUGGACUCUGGUUUCUGAACAAAGCGAAAGAAUUGGUAUUGAUCAUAUUGCUCGGCUAUCGCAUCAACAUUUGAUUAGGUAUGUCUCUUUUAUUUUUUCCCACUUUGGUAAGAUUUCGAACUAA